CAUUUUUACUCAACAAAGUCACUGUGAUUCUAAAAUAUUAACUCUAAUUGUGGUUAUUUUCAUGUUGACUAAUUAUUUCUCAAAAUGAAUGCUGACAAUUUUGAUGAAACUGUGAUCAAAGUGAAGCUAUCGGGUGAAGAUUAUCAUGACAUUGUGAUUGACUGGACGGAUACAAGUCAAGCAUAUGAGCAACAAGUGUUUAGCCGACUUGCAGAAAUAACAGGAAUACCGGUUGAGCAAACUUCCGAAAUGUGUUUUUUGACUAGCAUUUACAGAGCGGUGGGCUUCCGAAACAAACGUGCAGAACCAGAAUUCGAGAAUGAUCGUUAUGGCGACCAUAAUAUAGAAUUCAACAGAGAGAGGGUUUUGAACUUCACGAAUGGCAAUGAACAUUUUGGUCUUUCUCCCCGGCUGCGAUGUGAUGACAAUAAGCAUUUUUAUAUUUGCUACUUUUUUGUACCGGAAAGAUUGCUGGAUGAAAUUGAAUGUACUCGACAUUUUUGCCAUCACUCUGAUAAUAGAGUUUUUUUGAAUAGAUUGAAAGCCAUUGUAACUAAUGAUGCAUUACAAUCACAAAUGGCCCAUUUGCUUGUUCGACCGAGGCGGCCAUCGAUUCAUGGAUUAAAUUUGUUCGAGCGAUGGUUUGAUACUUAUAGAAGAUUCAAUGUCAUGCAAUACUAUUACAGAACUUGUUAUCACUACUAUCAACUUCAGACAGAGCGGUCACGACAGGAAUAUCGGUCACGUUAUAUGCCACCUCAACUCUAUAUGAGAACUCAUGGUUGACAAUAAGCUGCAUCAUCUUUACUGGAGUAGGCAUGACUUCAAUCGAAAAUUCUGCUUCGAUAAAAAAAUCGGAAGCAUCAGAACAUCUCUUUCAAUAUCAAGACAUUUUUCUAAUUUACAUUUCUUGUUAGAUGUACAAACUUUAUUCAAUGUCUAACUCAAUUUGAAUCAGCUCAUCACCAUUAAACAUCCUUUUAUCUUG